AUGUCUACAAUGCUGCCCAGCUCGAGGCAAUCCUUCUCCUUCUUCUACAACUCCUCCUACUCUUCUUCUUCUUCUUCAUUCUCUGUUUUUCUGUGUCUCACACUAUUUCUUCUCUACACACCUCCCUUUGUCUUUGCCACAAACAAUGAAGCUUCUCUUCUCUUCUCUUGGCUCCACUCUUCUACUUCACCGCCACCUUCUUUCUUUUCUAACUGGAAUAUCCUUGAUUCUAAUCCGUGCAACUGGUCCUCCAUAACAUGCUCUCCAAAGGGCCUUGUCACAGAAAUCACAAUCCAAUCUGUCCCUCUAGAGCUUCCAUUUCCAUCCAAUCUCUCUUCCUUUGUCUCCCUUCACAAACUUGUCAUUUCUGGUGCCAAUCUCACUGGAACCAUCCCCAAUGACAUUGGUGGCUGCACUGAGCUACAAGUCAUUGACCUCAGCUCAAAUUCUCUCGUGGGUUCUAUCCCUGCAAGCAUUGGGAAGCUUCAAAAUCUCCAAGACUUGAUUUUGAACUCCAAUCAGCUCACUGGGAAAAUCCCAGUUGAGCUAAGCACCUGUAUUGGCCUGAAAAACCUUGUGCUUUUCGAUAAUCGACUAACCGGGUCUAUUCCAUCAGAACUUGGGAAGCUUACAAGUCUUGAAGUGCUCAGAGCAGGAGGGAACAAAUACAUUAGUGGGAGAAUCCCAGAGGAGCUUGGAGGCUGCAGCAAUUUGACUGUUUUGGGGUUGGCUGAUACCCAAGUUUCCGGCUCUUUGCCUGCCUCAUUCGGUAGGCUUAGCAAGCUUCAGACACUGUCCAUAUAUACCACUAUGAUCUCUGGUGAAAUUCCUCCUGAAAUAGGUAACUGUUCUGAGCUUGUCAACUUGUUUCUUUAUGAAAAUAGUUUGUCUGGUUCAAUUCCACCAGAGCUUGGUAAGCUGCAGAAGCUGGAUCAAUUAAUGUUGUGGCAGAAUAGUCUUGUUGGGGUAAUCCCAGAGGAGAUUGGGAAUUGUAGUAGCUUGAGGAUGAUUGAUCUUUCUCUAAAUUCUCUAUCUGGUACCAUACCAUUAUCUUUAGGAGGGCUUUCAAAGCUUGAGGAGUUCAUGAUUAGUGACAACAAUGUCACCGGUUCGAUUCCUUCGAAUCUUUCCAAUCUUACAAACUUGAUGCAGUUGCAGCUUGAUACUAAUCAGAUAUCCGGUUUGAUUCCAUCAGAGAUUGGGAUGUUGUCAAAGAUGACUGUGUUCUUUGCUUGGGCAAACCAGCUUGAAGGAAGCAUUCCUGCAAGUUUGGCUAGUUGUAGUAAUCUCCAAGCACUAGAUUUGUCCCACAAUUCACUCACUGGUAGCAUACCUGCUGGCUUGUUUCAGCUGAAAAACCUCACUAAGGUUCUCUUGAUUUCCAAUGACAUUUCGGGUUCGAUACCACCAAAUAUUGGUAACUGCAGCUCUCUUGUUCGGCUAAGGCUUGGAGACAACAGGAUCGCUGGAGGGAUUCCUAGAGCUAUUGGAGACCUUAGGAGCUUGAACUUUCUUGAUCUGUCUGGGAAUCGCCUUUCCGGGUCAGUGCCUGAUGAGAUUGGGAGUUGCACAGAGCUACAAAUGAUAGACAUCAGCAACAAUACUUUAGACGGUCCAUUGCCUAGUACAUUGUCCUCACUAUCAGGACUUCAAGUCUUGGAUGUAUCAGUUAAUCAAUUUUCUGGCCAGAUACCAGCAAGCUUGGCUCGUCUUGCUUCAUUGAACAAGCUCAUUCUAAGCAGGAAUUCGUUCUCUGGAUCAAUACCUUCAUCGCUUGGCCUGUGUUUGAGUCUGCAAUUGCUUGACCUUAGCAGCAACAAGCUCACUGGAAGCAUUCCAGUGGAACUUGGUAGGAUUGAAGCCCUUGAAAUUGCUUUAAAUUUGAGCUGCAAUGGACUCUCUGGGCACAUCCCACCUCAAAUAUCAGCACUCAACAAGCUUUCCAUACUAGACCUUUCACAUAACCAGCUUGAUGGAGAUUUGAGUCCACUAGCUGGGCUUGAUAAUCUUGUCUCUCUUAAUGUGUCUUACAAUAAGCUCACCGGCUAUCUUCCAGACAACAAACUUUUCAGACAGUUAUCACCAAUGGACUUGGCUGGAAAUGAAGGCCUUUGUUCUUCCAACCGGGACUCGUGUUUUUUGAGUGAUGUUAGCAACACAGGACUAGCAAGAAAUCAAAAUGACAUAAGGCGGUCACGGAGGCUUAAGCUAGCAAUUGCAUUGCUGAUCACCCUGACAGUUGCAAUGGUGGUUAUGGGGAUCAUUGCAGUGAUUAGAGCUCGAAGAGAUAUUAGAGACGACAAUGAUUUCAGAAUUGGGGAACUCAUGGGCUUGGCAAUUUACUCCAUUCCAGAAGCUAAAUUUCUCAGUUGA